AUGCACCUGCAGCCGAGCGCCCUCCUGAACAUGACCGACGGCGGCUUCUCCCUCGCUGGACACCUGGUCAGGAGCCCCGGCGCGGGAGGGAACCCCUCCAGGAUCCACAGCAUCGAAGCCAUCCUGGGAUUUACCAAAGAGGACCCCCUCCUGGGCGGCUUCCAAGCCCACGAUGCCAGCGGCGGCGGGGCCAGGCCGGUCAAAGAGGCGGACGGGGUGAGCCCCAGGGACUGUUUCCCCAAGAUGCCGGGCGAGCAGCCCCCGGGCCAGCCGGGCCAAGAGCAGGAGGACGCCGCCGCGGCGGAGCACUUCGAAGAUCCUUACUGCCCCAAACGCUCAGAGGACUGCCUGAGCCCAGAGUUGCCUGCCUGCAGCAACAGUGAUGGCAAAAUGUCUGACGAAGACCAGCCCAAGAAGAAGCACCGGAGGAAUCGUACCACCUUUACCACCUACCAGCUGCAUGAACUGGAGCGAGCCUUUGAAAAAUCCCACUACCCUGAUGUCUACAGCCGAGAGGAGCUGGCCAUGAAGGUCAACCUGCCCGAAGUGAGGGUUCAGGUUUGGUUUCAGAACCGGCGAGCCAAGUGGAGGAGGCAGGAGAAGUUGGAGGUGACAUCCAUGAAGUUGCAGGAUUCCCCCAUUCUCUCCUUUAACCGCUCCCCCCAGCCCUCCACCCUUGGGACCAUUGGCAGCAAUUUGCCCCUGGAGUCCUGGCUGAACCCCCCUAUGUCCAACAGCAGCCCACUCCAGACUUUGCCGGGUUUCGUAGCUUCCCCCCAAAGCCUUCCCAGCAGCUACACCCCUCCCCCUUUCCUAAACUCUCCCCCCAUGGGACAUACACUGCAGCCCCUGGGAGCCAUGGGGCCGCCACCGCCUUAUCAAUGCGGGACCAAUUUUGUGGACAAAUUCCCCUUGGAGGAGGUCGACCCUCGGAACACCAGCAUAGCCGCGUUACGGAUGAAAGCGAAGGAGCAUAUCCAGUCCAUUGGGAAACCAUGGCAGACAAUAUGA